UGCCACUCCGGAGCUUACUCACUACCGCAGUAUAUAGAGUAUAGAGUUUGAGCGAAAUCCCCAGUCGCAGAGCAAAGAAGGGCAGAGAGAAAUGGAGACGAAGCCAAGUGAGAUCAGCAGCUCAAAGAUGUUUGGAGGGUACAACAAGAGGUACAAGCAUUUCAGUCCUACUCUCGGCUGCUCCAUGACCUUCCACAUCUAUUUCCCUCCUUCUACUUCUCCUUCCCACCGAUUCCCUGUACUUUACUGGCUCUCUGGCCUUACCUGCACAGAUGAGAAUUUUAUAAUUAAGUCAGGAGCUCAACGUGUUGCCUCAAGUGAGGGCGUUGCUUUGAUUACACCUGAUACAUCUCCAAGAGGCUUAUCUAUAGAAGGAGAGGCGGAGAGCUGGGAUUUUGGUGUAGGUGCUGGUUUUUAUCUCAAUGCUACUCAAGAGAAAUGGAAGAACUGGCGUAUGUAUGAUUAUGCUGUCAAGGAGUUGCCAAAACUUCUGAAUGAAAAUUUUCCACAGCUUGAUACAUUGCGAGCUUCUAUAUCUGGUCAUUCUAUGGGUGGGCACGGUGCUUUGACAAUCUACCUGAAAAACCUGGACAAGUAUAAGUCAGUAUCUGCCUUUGCACCCAUUGUGAAUCCAACAAACUGUCCCUGGGGCCAGAAAGCCUUCUCAAAUUAUCUAGGUGGCAAUAAAACUGAUUGGGAGGAAUAUGAUGCCACUUGCCUGAUUAAGAAGUUUACUGAUGUUUCAGCUACCAUUUUGAUUGACCAGGGGGGAGAUGAUAAAUUCUUGCAUGAUCAGUUGUUGCCACACAAGUUUGAAGAGGCAUGCAAGAGUGCUAAAGUUCCACUCCUUUUGCGGUUGCAGCCCGGCUAUGAUCAUUCGUACUUUUUCAUUUCCACCUUCAUAGAUGAUCACAUCCGUCACCAUGCUCAAGCUCUUAAUCAACCAUGAAAGAUCUUGUGUUCGUUGUGAAUCCAGAACCGUAAAAUUUUAAUAUACUUUGUCCGAACUUUGGAUCAUAUAUGCUUUUCCCAUGUGCUUCCUCAAUCUGGUUUUUCUUUGACUGAGUAAACGUGUUGAUCUUCGGAAUAUAUAUAAAUAAAAUUCCAUGAUAUGAUAUGAUUGGUGUGUG